UCACUAUCUCGACGCACAACUACAUUCGUCUUCCCACGAGUGUCCAAGUUGGUCUACAAUAAACAACAUCGGAAUAGUGCCUGUCCGCCCCGGUCGAGGCUGUCAAAAUUCCUUUGAUGUACGAUUUUCCGAGAUGAAUGGAAGGAGAUCCAAUAAAAAAACGUCCUCAUGAAUUAGUCUCCAUCGGCGAGUGAUACCGAAGGAAACCUCACUGAUUUAUGACUCCCUCAGCCCACUGAUUGACCCGCGGAAAUGCCAGAGAAAUGGAAUAAAGAUGCAGAGUACGACUUGGGUUUUUACAAAUUAAUCAAUCGAGUCCUGGGAAUUUAUCCCUUCGAGUGUCAGGAAGUCUUUUCAAUAAUUCGGAUGAUCACUGUGUUGACGAUAAAUUGGAUUAUGCUCUGCGAACAGCUGAUAGAUUUGAUAUCCGGUUGCGGUAGGACAGAGGAAAUAAUAGAAUCGAUAGUGGGAGCGCUGUCAUACCCAGUGGCAAUAGCUAAGAUAAUAUUACCCAGACUCUACUGGAGGAAUAUGAAAAGAAUAUUGGAGUCAGCCGUUGAGGAUUGGUCCCGGAAGAACGAUGCCAAAGCCAGACGUACCAUGAUGGAGUGGGUGACCAUUGGCAGAUUUAUAUUUAUCCUCGAGAUAACGAGUUUGUGCAUGUUACUCACCUACACAACAAUAUCACACUUUCCAUUUUCUCUGUUGACGCAAAAUUCGGCGGAGAAUGACAGCGCGAUGAUGGACCGGAGUUUGCCCUGGGGCAGCGGUUGUUGGUUGCCGUCGAGCACAUCGAAUCACAUGUUCCUGGUCGCUUACUUCGCCACUUGUGUUCAGCAGAUUGUUGGCAGUCUGAGUAAUAUGGGUUUCGAUGUAUCUCUGUUCAUAAUUCUCAGUCACAUGUGCGGACAGAUUGAAAUUUUGAAGCCGGCGAGUUUCGAUGAAUCGAAAAAUCCACGAGAAGUUUAUCGCGAGUUUAUUGACAGGCACAAUCAUCUUCUCAACUUGUGUGAUCUCUUCGAGAGGACGUUCAAUGUUAUUAUAUUGAUCCAUAUGGUGUUGUACCUGGGGCUGGUGACGAUCGUCCUACUCAACACUUUUGUUGCCUGGUACUCCCAAAACAUCGCGAUGGUGAUAAAAGCAGUCUUUGAACUGAUGAUAAUCUACGUGCAAUUAUUUGUUUAUUGCUACGCCGGGGAGAAACUCACCAAUCAGCUUGAAAAUUUACGAUAUGAGGUUUACAGUUCACCCUGGUAUACUCUACCAAAAAAAUCUAUGCGAGACGUGUGCUUUAUCUUGAGGAGAUUGAACGACCCCUUUUACCUGACCUGCGGUAAGUUCUCCCGGAUGAAUAUGGACUAUUUCAAGAAUAUCGUCAAGGUGACGGCGUCGUACUGCUCAGUGAUAAGACUCAUGUUUUACGAUUAAAUUAAAUUUUAUAAAUGUUCAAUCAAUCAUAGUGGAUGUAGCACAGACGAAGAAUUUUGUAAAAAAAACAGAAAAGAGGUCCGAAAAUAAAUCGAUUUUAUUUGCUACGCGUGAUAGAUACAGUGUUAUCUGGGGUGACAGAAGGGUGGACGAAGAAAAAUAUGAAUUCAUGAGAAAAAAAUCGUUUAUGCAAGGAACUCCAUCGAUGCGAAUA